AGAGGAAACGGAAGUGGUGGAGACCCCGGGCGGAAGCAGGAAGCGGCGGAGCCGGACCACGCCCGCGGCGGUUCGGGCCUCGAAGCCAUGGCGGAGAAGUUUGACCACCUGGAGGAGCACCUGGAGAAGUUCGUGGAGAACAUCCGGCAGCUUGGCAUCAUCGUCAGCGACUUCCAGCCCAGUAGCCAGGCCGGGCUCAACCAAAAGCUGAAUUUUAUUGUCACUGGCUUACAGGACAUUGAUAAGUGCAGGCAGCAGCUUCACGAUAUUACUGUGCCUUUAGAAGUAUUUGAAUACAUAGAUCAAGGUCGAAACCCCCAGCUCUACACCAAAGAGUGCCUGGAGAGGGCUCUGGCGAAAAAUGAGCAAGUUAAAGGCAAGAUCGACACCAUGAAGGAUCCAGGAGCCGUGGUGCUUGGAGAAGACAGGUUUCCAGGUGCCCCGAAAGCUUUGAUCGAGCUGUUUGCACACAAAAUUUAAAAGCCUGUUGAUUCAGGAACUUUCUAAAGUAUUUCCCGAAGACAUGGCGAAGUACCGGAGCAUCCGAGGGGAGGACCAGCCCCCUUCCUAACUCCGUCCUCCCUCUGUCUGGAGACCCUCCUCGUCCUGCACGAAUGGCCGUGACCUUCAGGCAGCGUGGGACCCAGCGGCGCUGAUGCCGUCUCCUGGCCAUCCUCCUGCCGCCUCGUCCUCAGCGGUGGCCUCUGGGGACGGCAGGGCCUAGAGGGCAUCUGGGGCUGUGCCACCAGCUGCCACCAGCUGCCCCCUCUCCCCGAUGUGCUCUGUUUGGUCCUCAAGCUCUCAGCCAGCUGGCGCUCGCACACCUUUGCGUGCUCCGUGUACGGCCCCCCACAGGCAGGUAGUCUUGAUGCUCGGAAUGACAGAGGUAGAUUGAAAGUUCCUACAAAUCCUGUGCCAUAGUUUUCUUUUUCUGUACGCUUUCUGUUCCUUUGUUAGGAUGUCCAAGCUAAAAAAAAGCAUUGGUUUAAAAUGAGAAGCACCUUAAACUGGUUUUGUGUUUUCUCUUUGCAAGGAGAGCGAGUGUGCUCCCGGCGCUCUGGUCAUAAAAUAAAGCCUCUGAGAACUUGGA